AGCUCAGCUCAGCUGCAGCUUCACCUCCACCAUGGGAGACAUGGCGAACAGCUCCGUGGAUUUCUACCCCAAAAGCCAACGGCGAGAGUUCAACCAUGCGGGCGGCUUUGGCUGUACCCUGGCGGAGUUGCGCUCCCUCAUGGAGCUGCGUGGGGCCGAGGCGAUCCAGAAAGUCCAGGAGACCUACACCGACGUCAAUGGGCUCUGCAGGAGACUCAAGACCUCCCCCACUGAAGGCCUCUCGGACAACACAGCUGACCUGGAAAAGAGAAGGCAGAUCUACGGACAGAACUUCAUUCCCCCAAAGAAGCCUAAGACCUUCCUGCAGUUAGUAUGGGAGGCCCUCCAAGAUGUGACACUGAUCAUUCUUGAAAUUGCUGCCAUAAUCUCCCUGGGGUUGUCUUUUUAUGCUCCACCAGGCGAAGAAAGUGAAGCCUGCGGGAAUGUGGCAGCCAGUGCAGAGGAUGAGGGUGAGUCAGAAGCUGGUUGGAUCGAGGGUGCUGCCAUCCUGCUCUCGGUGAUCUGUGUAGUGUUGGUCACAGCCUUCAAUGACUGGAGUAAGGAGAAGCAGUUCCGAGGUCUGCAGAGCCGCAUAGAGCAGGAGCAGAAGUUUGCCGUCAUCCGCAAUGGGCAACAGGUCCAGAUCCCUGUGGCUGAACUGGUUGCGGGGGACAUUGCUCAAAUCAAAUAUGGUGACUUGCUUCCUGCAGAUGGCGUGCUUAUCCAGGGGAACGAUCUCAAGAUUGAUGAGAGCUCCUUGACGGGGGAGUCGGAUCAUGUGCGCAAAUCAGUGGAGAAGGAUCCCAUGCUGCUGUCAGGCACCCAUGUCAUGGAAGGCUCUGGGCGAAUGGUUGUUACAGCUGUUGGGGUCAACUCGCAGACUGGGAUUAUCUUCACUUUGCUGGGUGCUGGUGGAGAAGAGGAGGAAAAGAAAGACAAAAAAGGAAAGCAGCAGGAUGGGGCAGUGGAGAAUAAUCAGAACAAAGCCAAAAAGCAGGAUGGGGCAGUUGCCAUGGAGAUGCAACCCCUGAAAAGUGCAGAGGGUGGCGAGAUGGAAGAGCGAGAAAAGAAGAAAGCCAGUGUGCCCAAAAAAGAGAAAUCUGUUCUGCAAGGGAAGCUCACCAAACUGGCGGUGCAGAUCGGGAAAGCAGGGCUGGUGAUGUCGGCCAUCACUGUCAUCAUCCUGGUUCUGUAUUUUGUUAUUGAGACAUUUGUAAUCGAUGGGAAGACAUGGAUGGCUGAGUGCACCCCUGUCUAUGUGCAGUACUUUGUCAAGUUCUUCAUUAUUGGUGUCACUGUCCUGGUCGUGGCUGUCCCUGAAGGCCUCCCAUUGGCCGUCACUAUUUCCUUAGCCUAUUCUGUGAAGAAAAUGAUGAAGGACAAUAACCUGGUUCGACACCUGGAUGCCUGUGAGACCAUGGGCAAUGCCACCGCCAUCUGCUCUGACAAGACAGGCACCUUGACCACCAAUCGCAUGACCGUUGUGCAGUCCUACAUGGGUGACACUCACUACAAGGAGACCCCUGACCCCAGCAACCUUACACCCAAGAAUCUGGACCUGCUAGUGCACGCCAUCGCCAUCAACAGUGCCUACACCACCAAGAUACUACCUCCAGAGAAAGAAGGGGGCCUGCCACGCCAGGUCGGCAAUAAGACGGAGUGUUCACUGCUGGGCUUUGUGCUUGGCCUGCGGCGUGACUACCAGCCUGUGCGUGAACAGAUCCCUGAGGAGAAGCUCUACAAGGUUUACACCUUUAAUUCUGUCCGCAAAUCCAUGAGCACCGUCAUUUGCAUGCCUGAUGGCGGCUACCGCCUCUUCAGCAAAGGCGCUUCUGAAAUCGUCCUUAAAAAGUGCACAAACAUUCUCAACAGUAAUGGGGAGUUACGCACCUUCCGGCCCCGUGACCGAGAUGAAAUGGUAAAGAAGGUGAUAGAGCCCAUGGCAUGCGAUGGACUGAGGACUAUCUGCAUAGCCUACCGCGAUUUCCCAGCAGGGAAGGAGCCCGAAUGGGACAGUGAGAACGAUAUUGUAAUAGACUUGACGUGCAUUGCUGUGGUGGGAAUUGAGGACCCCGUGCGGCCUGAGGUGCCAGAUGCCAUUCGCAAAUGCCAACGUGCCGGCAUCACAGUUCGCAUGGUGACAGGAGACAACAUAAACACAGCCCGGGCCAUUGCCGCCAAGUGUGGCAUCAUCCAGCCGGGAGAGGACUUCUUGUGCCUAGAAGGAAAGGAGUUCAACCGGCGGAUCCGCAAUGAAAAGGGAGAGAUAGAACAAGAACGUCUUGAUAAAAUCUGGCCCAAACUGAGGGUUCUGGCUCGAUCGUCACCCACCGACAAACACACCUUGGUGAAAGGCAUAAUCGACAGCACUAUCGGGGACCAGCGCCAGGUGGUUGCUGUCACUGGUGAUGGGACGAAUGAUGGACCAGCACUCAAGAAGGCCGAUGUGGGUUUUGCCAUGGGCAUAGCAGGCACUGAUGUGGCAAAGGAGGCCUCUGACAUCAUCUUGACUGACGACAACUUCUCCAGCAUUGUGAAGGCAGUGAUGUGGGGGCGCAACGUUUAUGACAGCAUAUCCAAAUUCCUGCAGUUCCAGCUCACGGUCAAUGUGGUGGCAGUCAUUGUGGCCUUCACUGGCGCCUGCAUCACACAGGACUCUCCGCUCAAAGCAGUGCAGAUGCUGUGGGUUAACCUGAUUAUGGACACUUUUGCAUCCCUGGCUCUGGCCACCGAGCCCCCCACUGAGGCCCUGCUGCUGCGCAAGCCGUACGGACGGAACAAACCCCUCAUUUCCCGCACCAUGAUGAAGAAUAUUUUGGGCCACGCUGUCUACCAGCUUAUUAUCAUCUUCACCCUCCUCUUUGUGGGUGAGGUUUUCUUUGACAUUGACAGCGGCCGCAAUGCCCCCCUGCACUCCCCGCCCUCGGAGCAUUACACCAUCAUCUUCAACACCUUUGUCAUGAUGCAGCUCUUCAAUGAAAUCAACGCCCGCAAAAUUCACGGCGAGCGCAAUGUCUUUGAUGGCAUUUUUGGCAACCCCAUUUUCUGCAGUAUUGUGCUGGGAACCUUUUGCAUACAGAUCGUCAUUGUGCAGUUUGGGGGGAAACCGUUCAGCUGUUCGCCACUGAAUGCGCAGCAAUGGCUCUGGUGUCUCUUUGUGGGUUUUGGGGAGCUUGUCUGGGGACAGGUCAUUGCCACCAUUCCCACCAGCCACCUGAAAUGCUUGAAGGAGGCAGGGCAUGGCCCUGGGAAGGACGAGAUCACUGAUGAGGAAAUGGCGGAGGACGAGGAGGAAAUUGACCAUGCUGAACGGGAACUCCGUCGUGGCCAGAUCCUUUGGUUCCGUGGCCUCAAUCGUAUCCAGACCCAGAUGGAGGUAGUUAGCACCUUCAAGAGAAGUGGCUCCUUUCAGGGGGCUGUCCGACGCCGCUCUUCCGUCCUCAGCCAACUGCACGAUGUAACCAAUAUUUCUACCCCCACUCACAUCCGCGUAGUGAAAGCGUUCCGUAGUUCCCUCUACGAAGGGCUGGAGAAGCCAGAUACGAAGCCCUCCAUCCAUAACUUCAUGACAACGCCCGAGUUCUUGAUCAACGACUACAUCCACAACAUCCCCCUCAUUGAUGAUACAGACGUGGAGGAGAGCGAGGGUCCCCCGAGACGGCGCUUCCGGGCCAGUCCCCCACCAUCCCCCAACAAGAACAACAACGCCAUUGACAGCGGCAUCUACCUAAGCACGGAUGCCAGCAAGACACCUACCUCCUCGUCCAGCCCUGUUAGCCCGCUCCACAGCAUGGAAACUUCCCUCUAACACAACCCCACCAUGCAACCAGUCAAAAUGACUUUGUGCACAGCAGGGGUAUUCAGUUCCCCCUGGGAGAUAAGGACUAGCUGAGUGAGUCGGUAAAGAAAGCGGGCAGGAGAUGACGUUUCUCCUCUUGACACUGGAGGUUUCUUCUCUUAACGGGGUGGAAAUGGGACAAUGUUUCUGCCACUGGUUGGCUCAGGCAAAUGAAGACGAGGAACUGAAUUGAUGCAAUGAAAAGCGAUAGACAAACUGUGAAGGAGGAGAAAAGUUUUCUUCAGAGUCACCCAUGAGGGGUUUGGGGCUGAGUCCCAGAGGGUGUACAGGAAAAAAAACAAACCACCCAUUUCUCUAGUCUGUUCUUCGUUUCUCUUUGGACACAAAACACACUCACCAAACCCACGAUAAUCCCCCCGUUUGGGGGUUGCUUUGAUUUAUUUCUGGGACCUCUUUUCAGGUUUCCCCUCCCCCCCCCAAAAAAAAGUUUUGAAAAGGAACUAUAUUUGCACCGGAAAAAGAACAAAAAAAAGGAAAAAGGAAAAAAGAGGAAUAAUCUAGACAUCUAUUAUCCUAAAUAUAUAUAUAUGAUACCAACCAACAGAUGUAUUAACGGACCUUCUGACCAUAACGCAUGCCUGUUAUCAAACCCUCUUUUCUCCUUUCCCCUCUCCCCCAAUGGAAUUUCAGCCUGGGGCAAAUUUGUUUUUUGUUUUGUUUUGUUUUUUUAAAAAAAGAUCAUUGCUUGCUGUAGCUUGUAUUUUAUAUCAGGGUUUGCCAGGGAAAGAACACUGAUUAUUUCCUCUUGGGAGUAGGAAUUGACUGUGGGGCAGUUGCUGAGUACAGUAACUGAAGCCCUGGUGGGAUGGGUCUUGCACACAUUCAGAGUGGCGGAAAUUAAGGGCCCCGUUGCACUGGCACAAAUUUGGGUCUUUUCAGGCAGUUAUCCAGAAACUGACCCAAAGCAGGCCUCCCUGAAAUGGUGUUCUGCCCACCAAGCCCCCUCCCUGGAAGUACUCAUAAUCCAAAUGCUUCCUAAAGCUGGUGGUUUUGAUCAGCUUCCGAUAAAUAUCUGAGCAAAAGAGACUGUUUAGAAAAAGGGGGGGAAAGAUAAAGAUUGAACUACUUUUUUUAAAAAAAAAUCUACUAAGAAAGAAAGCAACUUUCUUGAUAUUUAAAAUUACUCAUUCAAAGCAUUGAUCAGACUGGCAAAGAAGUUGUAUUUCUGAUAACCUUAUAUUUGUGGCCAAAAUGAAGGAAUAGGUUUCUAGCCCUCAGGGUUGUGGAAAGACAUUUGAAAGCAUGCAGGCUUAGUGGCCAGCAGUUAAUGACUACUCAUCAAGCAGUUCUGGCUUCCACUCAUUUUUACUUAAUAAUGUUGAUUUAUAUAUUCAGUUUUAUUCCAGAGUUUAGUCAUGUUAUCAUGCUUUCAGACAGUUCCUUUUACACUGGUUUCAAGGACUGCAUAUCUCCAGACCCGAUGACAGUACCUGCAAAUGCUGGGCUGGGAGAAACAAGAUUAUUAAGAGGAUUCCACUUUUCCUUAAGGAGACUUCAUGCAUUUCCCAUUCUACUUCACUAUUUUUUUCCUUCACACAGUUGCGUACCAUGGGAGCCACGAACCCACAAAAUUCAGCCUCUGCAAUCCCCACAAUCAGAGAAGAUCCCAAAGGCACCAUGGCAGCGAGGACUGGGAUGCCCUUAGGAGUGACAAGGUGGGAGACAGGUCCUUGGGGCGCAAUCCGCUGGGAAGCUGGUCUGCUGCACAAAGAAAGUACUGCUGCCUUUUCGUGCAGCUCCCAUACAUUACUGUUCAGCCCAUUGAGGUGAAUGGCCUGGUGGGCUGUGCAUCAUAUUAGUUAGUGGUAAAGAAUGCGUACCAUUUCUACACAUUUCUGCCUCGUACGCCAAAAUCACAAGGCAACCGUUUGAAGGUGGCAGAGAUUCCUGCUGCAGAACAGUGUGCAUUGCUGACUCACAUGCUACCUUGAUCCUAUGCACAGACAAGUGCUGUGAGGUGGUGGGGAGGCAAUGUUUUAUUUGCUUGUUUAUAUCCCACUCUUCCUCUCAGUUCAGGACGCGGGUGGCGCUGUGGGUUAAACCACAGAGCCUAGGGCUUGCCGAUCGGAAGGUCGGCGUUUCGAAUCCCCGUGAAGGGGUGAGCUCCCGCUGCUCGGUCCCAGCUCCUGCCGACCUAGAAGUUCAAAAGCAUGCAGUGCAAGUAGAUAAAUAGGUACCGCUCUGGCAGGAAGGUAAACAGCGUUUCCGUGCGGUGCUCUGGUUUGCCAGAAGCUGCUUAGUCAUGCUGGCCACAUGACCCGGAAGCUGUACGCCGGCUCCCUCGGCCAGUAAAGCAAGAUGAGCGCUGCAACCCCAGACUCGUCCAUGACUGGACCUAAUGGUCAGGGGUCCUUUUACCUUUAAAGCGCAUUAUUCUAUGUUAUUCCUGCAACAAUCCUGUCAGGACAGAGAGAGUUAUAGGAAUGAGUUCAUAGAAUCCUAGGGUUGGAAGGGACCACCUAGUCCAACAUUGCAGCAUUGAAGGAAUCUUUUGCCCAACGUGGGGCUCAAACCCAUGACCCUGAGAUCAAGAAUCUCCCGUUGUAUCAGAGGCCACCAAAUAACUUCCAUGGCUGGGUGUGAUUUCCCUUGUUUAAAUCUGACACGCUAUUGUUUGGAUGCACUGCACUGGCUCUCACUCACAGCUCUCUCAUUUAAAGAACCUUUGGUCUGGCAGGUGAGGGCAGAGAAAGAAAAGUUGAGGUUCACGGCACAGCAGCACAUGGUGUCAUAAGGUUAGAACAGGCAUCCCCAAACUGCGGCCCUCCAGAUGUUUUGGCCUACAACUCCCAUGAUCCCUAGCUAACAGGACCAGUGGUCAGGGAUGAUGGGAAUUGUAGGCCAAAAAUCUGGAGGGCCGAAGUUUGGGGAUGCCUGGGUUAGAAAAACGCCUUUAUUGCCCAGAGAGAAUACUGGCUUCCACCAAGUUAAGCUUGCGUUCAUCUUCUUCCAAACCAAACCAAGCUUAUCUUAACCUCAGUUAUACAACAUUCCUGCCAGAAAGAACCUGCAAAAAGCUCUAAACUGCCACUGGCUCUCCAUGGCAGCAAGCACGGAUCUGGGCAGAGUGCAACCACGGAAUUAAAUGAGGGGUCUGCACCCUUUUGCUGAUGCUGAGGGUUCCUUACAAGUAUCUGGUGCCGUCGUCUGCACUGAUACAGUUCCGCAAUAUGGGGCUUUACAGAGGCCACCAAAGAACCAUUUAUAGUUCUGUCACACAUGGAGACAAAGGAGCUGUACCUACAGCAGCUAAGGGGAGAUGGGGAAGAAGUCAGGAUUCAUGGGUGCUGUCCCUAACCAGACUGUUUUGUCUUUUGCUGCAAAGAUGAGUUGCCCUCGACCCCUUGCAGCCCCAGCUUUCUCCGCAUAUAAAAAAACACGUAACUAAAAGUCUGUAAUAUUUAGAAACUGUGGAACAUACUCUGCAUUUUCCCAGGGCAAACCUGCUUGAAAAUACCAGCUGCAGCACUGUCAGAAAAGCCAUCCCUUCCUCGGAAGGGCAAAUGCCAAACCCAUCUGUAAAUCUUUUUGUCGUCAUCUUUUCUUUCCAAGAAAAACAAUGAAAACAAAAAAAAAGUUUCUUUUUCCUCAUCUGAGUGUUUAAAGGAAAAAAAAUAAAAAUGGAAAUCUUAAGUGUUUAAUUUUCAAGUAAACGGAAUGGGCCACCAAAGGAAAGCUUAUAUAUGCACACACACACCCCAUUCGAACAAAAAAGAGAUCACUUUGCUGCUGUACAAAUUUGCCAGGUGUUUAUCAGUGAGUUCUGCUAUUUCACAAGUGCGGGAGGGUUAGGGCAUUCCUUCUAAGGGAGGGGG